ACAAACACGGAAACAGAGAAAGUGGACGUCAGCGUUGCAUUAGUGCUGGAUUCAUAGGUUUUGUAAAUAUUAUUUAUUUGCUUGAUAGCACAGGGGUACAGAAGCACAGCUCAAUUUUCGAUUUUUCAGUCUAUGGAUUUUCUGCAGCUGCUAUCAUGUGCGUGCAUCAUAUUCACCGUCGGGAUGUUCACGACGGGAUUGACAGACUUAAAGAAAAUGAAAGCCACGCAGUGUUCAGAUAACGUUCAGUUUCUGCCCUUCCUUACCACAUGCUUAAAUAAUCUAGGUUGGCUUUACUAUGGAUUACUGAAGGGAGAUGGAACGGUGAUUAUUGUAAACGUCAUUGGGGCAUCUUUACAGACCUUAUACAUCAUCACCUACUGUCAUUAUACCAAAGAGAAGAGGCGAGUGUUCUCACAGACGCUGGUGAUGGUGAUUGUGCUGUGUGUGGGCUGGGUGUAUUUUACUAUGGUGAUUCCUCCUGGAGAAGCUCAACUCUCUCAGCUGGGCCUCGCUUGCAGUGUGUUCACCAUCAGCAUGUACCUCUCUCCGCUCACUGAUCUUUUGGAUAUUGUGCGAACGAGGUCUGUGGAGCGCUUGUCUUUUUCCCUGACUGUCGCUACGUUCUUCACAUCGACAUCAUGGACGCUGUAUGGCCUUCAGCUCCAAGACUAUUAUAUCAUGGUACCCAACACCCCUGGUAUCUUUACUAGCCUCAUCCGCUUCUUCCUUUUCUGGUGGUUCGGAGCUGUCAUUCCAAACAAGCCCUCCUAUAAACUCAUCCAAAUCUGAGAGGGGAUUUACAUUGAAUCUAAUUAAGUGCCUUGGCCA